CUGGGUAACAAUCUUGUCGCGAUGCGAGGGCUUACGUACACUCUGUUGUCAGGGCCUUCUGAGUUUAUUGGCUUCAAACCUCUACUCGCGGUGUGUUCUGGCUUAUAAAGGGGUGUAUAACUAAAGGUUACUCAUCCUGUCAUGAUAUGGCUGUAGCAAUAAGCGGUUUAUAUAGCUUGUCGCUUUAUUAUCAUGACAUAGAUGAUACGUGAUUGCCCAUUGCAGGUUCGCUCUUGAUUGAUAAGAGCUUUACUAUUAGGGUAUUACGCUAUAUAAGCACUUUUAAGGUCAAGGUGGUUGGAAGCAGUGCCGAGGUCCUGAAUGGCUAAUUAGUGCGUAAAUAAAUUAGUCGUUAACAGCUCCCUUCAGCGUCAGGGUAAAACGCUGUUGUAAGAUAGUUGCCUAGUCCACGUAUGCCGUCACUGCGUGGAUGGUCCGUCCAAACGAGCAUAUUCGUGGGAUCAAAAUUGAGCCAGAACAUUUAAAUAAAAAAAAAGGAAGAGGAAGUAGCGGACAGAAAAGACGUACAAUGUGACGAAAGGGUAGUAGAGCUGGACACUACGGCUUUCAGGGACCGGACUAGUGAGGAUGGUGGGGAUACAGACCUAUCAUUAGACGGAGGACUGACACUGACUGACAUUCAUGCUAGGAUCUUGAAGCAUGAAGAACAGAUUCUAACGGACUGUAAUGUGGACGACCUUCUAGGGUUGUCGAAGGACUCCUUUGGAGAAUCCGGCGCCACACGGAAGUUUGGGGAGAUGGAUCUGUCAUCCGACGGGGAACAUAACACCACUGUGGUGUCUGCUCACGGUCGGAUGACAGAGUCAUCCCCUCCUACUGACGAGGCCAAGGAGGACCAAUGUAGCCUCUCGGAAGAAGGUCGUCCACAUGGCGUAAAGAACGCCAAUCUCGUUCGGCAAGCCGCCGUGGAGGAGUCGCCUAGAGCCCCUCCACGAGAUCUUGCUAAUGCUGGUCGAACGAAAGAGGAUAGGGCGAAGAACGGCACCCGGAAAUCUCUGGCCUUUCUGGCUAAGAUGGAGCAGAGAGAUCCGGCGUCGUUCUCAUCAAAGGAGAAGUACCUCGUCAAGAAGCACAAGCAUGACGUAGCUAGAUUUGAAAGAAUCUAUGGUCCUGUUAGUGUUAUCUUGGGGUGGCCUUCUAAGGAACAGCAAGCAGGUAAUGAGGUUGGCCAGGUAUGCACUCACAAGGGUGUGGGGCCUUCAACAUCGGCUGCUUGUCGUGACGAAAACAAAAAGGAGGAUGGUGUUAUUGCUGCCGAAGCGCUCAGGGCCUCGGCGGGAGCUGCGGGUGGCAACAAAACAUCAUCCAAAGUGGUGCCAGGGGCGAAGAGGGAAGGGAAACCUCCAGCUGCUUCUCCUAAGGGUCCUCAAAAGGGGGCCAUUAGGAGAACCGGGUCUGGAGGUGGCCAGAACUCCAAGCUAAAGGGGCCCAGAAAAUCUUCGUCGCUGAGGACGGCUGGUAGAAACCCGGCUAGCACCUCUAAUGAGCCUCAAAAGGGGACCAUUAAAAGAGCUAGAUCUGGGGAUGAUCAGCCGACCUCAUCAACGAAGAAGGUGAAGAAAUCCACGAGCCUGGAUGGAAACUUUCGGGCGGCUGUUAUAGAUCGGUCUGAUCCGGAUGGGAAGAUCAGUCCCGAGCUUUGGCAGCUGGUCGAGGGCAGGUUCCUGGACGAAAUCGCUGCUUACAGUGGUAGCCCAGAUGACGUAUCCUUCAAGGGUGCAGACUGGGCUAGGGGCAUCAAGAUUGUCAACUGUGGCAAUAAAAAUUCCUUUGAAUUUUUAAGGGCCACGGUUGCCAAGCUUGGAGACCUUAGUCCGGACUCAAAGCUCGAGGUGAUUUAUGCAUCUGAAUUACCACUCAGGUCAAUAGUGACAGUGUGGAUUCCACCACCCAUAAGACCGGUGGACACCAUACUGGCGGUAUUGGCCAAGCAGAACAGUAAUCUCCUUACAAACCAAUGGAAGUUUGUUGCUUCAAUGGUGUGCAAGGAGAAUACAGGGAGGGAUUUCCGUUUCGCUGUAGACGACAAAUCCCUCGAGAUCUUGGAUGGGCUGAGGGGAGUUGUCAACUUCGGACUUGGAACUGUACGGUUUAGAUACUCUAAGCAUGACAGAUCCAAGGAAGCUGCAGGUGGUGCAAAUAAACCUGCAUCAUUGUGAGGCAGCUUCAGCGGAGUUGGCAAGGUUCAUCACCCAUUCCAAGACGGACGUGGCCCUAAUCCAAGAACCGUGGCUAAAUAACAAUAGGGUUUGUGGAUUAGCGAUCACAGGAUAUACUUUGUUCGUCCCGUCCACUGAGGAUAAGGAGCGGUGAUCUAACCGUUAUAAACAGAGAGGUCAAGGGUGAGCGGUUGCUCUCGGUGGCCUCAGUGUACAUGCCGUAUGAAGCUAUAGAGCCGCCUGGUGUAGAGGUGCUGGAGCUGACG